AUGGAUCAUUGGGGGAUGAAGGCAGCCAAGAUGUCAAAAGUUGCCCAUGGCGUCAACCGUCACUGGCACAGAUGGUCAACUCAAAGAGUUGUGCAGCUCCAGCCACACCACGUGUCGCUUCAGCGUAUUCUGGAAGUGAUGGGCGAUCGCUAUGUGAACGUGAAGCGCAUCACACUGUCUAAUUGCUCAUAUGUCAAUGACAUGUCCCUAUCUACACUCGCCUCCUUUUCAUCCAUCUCCCACGUGGACUUGGGCAGGUGCCAGUACUUCACACCACAGGGGCUGAAGGCCCUCACGGCCAUGACCUGCUUGCAGCAGCUCCGCCUCAACUAUUGCAACAACAUGAGCGAUGGGGGACUGAGUGCCUUGGCUUCGUGCAUUUCACUGCAGCACCUUGAGCUAAGGCGGUGCUGCCAGAUCACCAACCGGGGGCUGCAAUCGCUGAUGGGGCUGACAGCGAUGACUUACCUGGACCUGAGCGGGUGUCAGAAAAUCACGGGCGAGGGGUUGCGCUACCUGAGGGGCAUGGUGUCCCUCCGGUGGCUGUACUUGGUGCGCUGCUACAACAUCGGGGAUAAGGGCUUGAAGCUGCUGCAGGGUAUGCCAUCGCUCAGCCACCUCGACUUGGGGGGCUGUGACAACAUCACGGAUGAGGGCUUGAGGGGCCUGAGCAGGAUUACAUCGCUUCGGGACCUGGACAUGGGAAGCGGUGAUGAUGUAACAGAAGACGGUCUGUGGUGCCUGAGGCACUGUGGACUGACGUCGCUGAGGCAGUCUGGCAGGAUGCUCCAGACUUGCAGAUACGAGCAUGUUUGGAGCUGA